GAAAGUGAAACUGUGAGUCUUCAUAAAGCCGAGUGGAGCUCGAGGACGGCCAUUCCUCUCCUCCUCAGCACUGCAGAAAUGACCUUCUCUCUCUUCACGGACUUCAUCACGACUGUUAGGAGGUGGAGAACAUAAAGCUGCAGCCAUGUCUCUAUCAAACAAGACGAAGAAUAAAAAAAAUGCAUUUGGAGCCACGGCACCUCCAUUUAUCGACUACUUGAAAGAGAUCCUUAGACGCUACCCUGAUGGAGGACAGAUACUGAAGGAGUUGGUACAGAAUGCAGACGAUGCUGGAGCUUCAAACACCGUGUUCAUCCAUGAUGAGAGAAGAUACGGUACAAACAGUGUGUGGAGCGAAGCCCUGGGAAAAUAUCAAGGACCGGCUCUCUAUGCAUUCAAUGAUGCAGACUUCACUGAGGAAGACUGGGAAGGGAUUCAGCGAGCAGGGCGGAGCAUCAAGCAUGAUGAUCCAACCAAAGUGGGGCGAUUCGGGAUUGGAUUCAAUUCUGUUUACCAUGUUACAGAUUUGCCAUGUGUAUUUAGCUCCAAACACCUUGCCAUUUUUGACCCCCAAAAGCUGAUGUUUGAUGAUGAACGUGAGGGCUACCGCUGGUCCCUGGAUGAUGAAGAGGACAGAAAAGACAUUGUGAAAUUGAAAGAUCAAUUUAAACCUUUUCAGGAUAUUGUUAAUCUAGUCUGUAAUGGUUCUUGUACUUGGGACAAAAUCAUCAACGAGCACUAUUUUAAAGGAACACUCUUUCGGUUUCCUUUGCGUGAUGAGGCCUCAGAGAUUUCUGACAAUUUAUAUGACUCCAAGAAGGCUACCCAACUUUUUGACAGCUUCAUUCCAGAUGCAGACAUUAGCGUUUUAUUUCUGAGAUCAGUCUCAUCCAUUUCUUUGUUGCAUAUUGAUUCAAAUGGCAGUGUUACAAUUAGGAUGAAAGUUUCUACAUCAUCACCAACCAGCCCUCUCCAGCAGACUGACGAUUUCAGAGGAAACUAUGUGCAAGGCAAGACUAGCUUUAAGACAGUGUCCUGCAGUUCACCAGGUCAGGAUGAAACAACCACCAAAUGGCUUGUGACAGCCUGUCGGCUAGCGGAAGGACACGUCCCUGACAUUGACAAACUGGCUGACAAACUGAGUUUUUACCCUCAGGUUGACGUAGCAUUUCAGUGUGAUGAAGACGGGGCAGGUAGCAGUGGAAGACUAAGCUGCUUUUUGCCACUUCCAAACAAUGAAACAAACAGGACAGGACUCCCCAUUCAUAUUAACGCAUGCUUUGGCCUUACAGACAACCGAAGGUACAUCAAGUGGCAGGAAGAGGAUCAGAAGAAUGAUGAAUCAGCAGAGUGGAAUGAGUUGCUAAUGAAGGAGGUUCUGCCUCAUGUAUAUCUCAAAAUACUCCAAGAUGGUGUGAAACUAUCAAAAAAGUCAGUACUUCCUGUAAGUGCUGUAUACAAACUCUGGCCUAAUCUGAAAGAGACUCAACACAGCCCUCGAUGGCAUAAAGUUGCAGUAGACCUUUUUCAACGAUUGUUUAAAGAACAAGAAAUCUUUUCCUUAGCGAAAAAUGAGAACAAAUGGGUGGCUGCUUCAGAUGCUGUUUUCCCAGCGGAUACUGACACUGAUAUAAUGUCUGCAGUUUUCCACUUAUUGAUUGAAGAAGGAGAAAACCUUGUGACUGUGCCAGAACAUGUUCUACUCAGCAUAAAGGAAACCUUUCCAAACCCUGACAGUCUGGAAUGGGUGACACCAAGUUUUGUUAGAUGUGUGCUCCACAGAAAUAACAUUAAAUCAGUUGAUAAGGAUGAGAAACUGUCGAUCUUGGAGUAUGUGCUCAGUGAUGGAAGGUAUGAAGAAUUAAAUGGUCUGCAGCUUUUGCCACUUAGUGAUGGAAGUUUCAGGUCCUUUACAAACCAAGAGGAGGACACUGUUUUGAUUGACAAUGAGAAGUUCUCACGGGUUUUGCUGCCUUUUUGCAAAGACAGAUUUCUGCCUGAAGAUCUGAACAGCUCCACGGUCCAUCAUCUGAGGCACAUAGCAAUGACAAAUUCAAAACUGUAUCAACUCAUUAAUUUGGAUGCAAACAAUGUUGCUGUAUUUUGCAAGAAACAUUUACCAAAAGAGUGGAAAGAGACAAAAGGUCAUGUGAAGUGGAUUUCUAUGAAAGAUGAUUAUCCACCAAAAAUAUGGCUGAAGGAAUUCUGGAAGUUUCUGAACGAUCACUGGGCAGAGCUUAGAGAUUUUAUUGGCAUGCCUUUGAUACCUCUGGAACCAUUUCAACAAACAACCAGUACUGUAAUGUUAGCAAGACUGGAAGAGAAAUCCACUUUGAUUUUCCAGAGCAGCAGAGAGUACACCUUAUCAGAUCAAAUUCAGAAAGUGGUUAAGGGGAUUGGAGGUACUGUCAUUAAGAAAGAUGAGUGUCUAAAGCAUCAUGACAUCGAAAGUUACGUUCUGACUCCAUCUCCAAGGAACGUCCUGCAAAUUCUUUUAAAUAUAGACAGAGACAAGGUCAUCAGAGGUAUUGCUUCUACUUCAAUUCAUGAAAAGGAGGAGUUUAAAACCUAUAUCUCCUCUUUGGAUCUUCUUUCUGAUGUAGAGCAAAAUCUGUUGUCAGCUCUGCCCAUUUUUAGAUUGAUGUCUGAAAAGUAUGUUGCCAUUGAGUCAAAACAAGCAGUUAUUUUAAAGUCCAACCCAGCCAUUCCAAAGGAUUUACCGGUGCCUGACACCAUAAUCCAGUGUGCAAAUGAAGCUGACCGCAGACUUCUGUCUCUCCUUAAAGUUGAGCUUUUGGAUCCUGCUCAGUUAGCUAUUUACUUGGUAGACUGCAUUGAUGCCAAUCUUUUUGCAAAAGAGAAUGAACGACAAAUAAUGACUUGGAUUCUGAAUCAUGGGCAAAUCCUUUUCUCCCAAAAUGAAGAAUUGCUCAGGAAAUGCAAGAAUCUCAGAUUCAUUUUGACAGAGCAAGGUGAACGCAAAAGGCCGUCAAGUGUUUUUGAUCCAACAAAUAAAACUUUCCUUGAUCUUUUUGAGGAAGACUUUUUCCCACCACAAGUUUAUAGAUCAGCAAAAAUGCUAGAAAGCUUGAAACAACUUGGCCUACAAACAAAAGAAGAAGAAUUGUUGCCAGCAAACAUUCUUUAUGUUGCCUCACAAAUUCAAAAACUCCACAUCCACUCACGAAACAGGGCUUUCAAAAAGGCUGAUGUUCUUAUAAGAAUACUGAAUGGAAAUGACUUGCUUUUGAAAUUCUCUGAGGAGGAGAGACAAGAGCUUCUUCAGUUGCAGUGGAUUCCUUGUGAAAAUCCAAAUUUGGUCAAAAGUAAAAACAGUCAGAAGCGGUGUCUCUACAAACCAACAGAAAUAAGGGCUUCAAAGUAUUCUGCAAUUGUUGGAUAUGUCAUGCCACUUGCUUCAGACCUAAAUGAGAGCAUAUGCCACAAACUUGACCUUUAUAGUUUUCCUCCAGCUGAAAAGGUCAUGGAAAAUUUGUCUGUUCUAAAAUCUUGGGCUCAAACAAUGCCCAGUCCAGACUCAGAUUAUGAGUUCAAAAACAAUUUGCACAGCACAUAUAAAUUCAUGCAAGAAAACAUUGAACAGUUCAGGAAGGAGAUGAACAAUAAGAGCAUUUCUUGGCUCUGGACCCAGAAUGAGUUUGUGUCACCCAGGGAAGUUGUGCUCACUUAUCCAGCUGAACUUGAUCUAAGUCUUUACAUCAAGAAAGUGCCUGAAGAGUUUUUACAAUAUGUUGCGCUUCUAAGAGAAUUUGGUGUGAAGGAAACACUUGCUGAUGAAGAAAUUGAAGCUAUACUCAGUGACAUUAAAGAAAACAUUGAUGACAGGAUUCCACCUUAUGGCGAGCCCUCUGAACUUAAAAUGUCAAUAGCCAUCCUUGACUGGAUGCGAAAAAAUGAAAAGAAUUUAAAGGACACUACACCAGUACCCGUCAUGGCACAAAACCAAAACUUCACCUUACAACCUUUGAAAACAACAGUUUUUUGUGAUAUCAGUGAUGAUGGGUUAAAUGACCUAAAACAAGAUGAAGAGGAGUUCUAUGUCAUCCAUGAGGAGGUGCUACCUGUGACUGCAAAAUGGCUGAAAAUUCCCUUUCUAAGUACCCGUAUUCUGAAACCACAAAUAAUAGUAGAUGAGGAAGAGUAUGAGGGAAUCGAGCAGUGUGGUCAAACAGAGCCAAUCACUCUGAGAAUCAAAAACAUACUGAAAGAGUAUGAUGAUGAAAAUGACAUUUUUAAAGAACUCCUACAAAAUGCUGAAGAUGCUGGUGCGAUUACCUGUGGAUUUAUGCUGGAUUUCAGAGUACACCCAACUGAAGGGCUUAUUGAUGAAGGCAUGGCUCUGUGCAAUGGUCCUUGUCUUUGGGCAUUCAACAAUGAGCUGUUCUCAGAGGAAGAUUGGAAAAACAUUGUUAGGGUUGGCUCUGCAUCAAAAGAAAACAAACUUGAGAAAAUCGGGAAGUUUGGACUAGGUUUUAAUGCUGUUUACCACUUGACAGAUAUUCCAUCUAUUUUGAGUGGAAAAACUCUUCUAAUACUUGAUCCAAAUGUAACCCACUUGGAAAAACACAUAAAAAGUAAAUCACUUCCUGGAAUUAAACUUGACCUGUUCCAAGAUAGGCUGUUUAGGAGGUUUCCUGGACAGUUCAAAUCUUAUCAGGGUAUUUUUGAUUGUGAUCUAUCAAACAGCAACCAGAAAUUUUACAGUGGUACUCUGAUUAAACUACCAUUUCGCACAGCAGAGGAGGCCUGCAAUUCAGAAAUUAGCUCCAAGGUAUAUGACAAAGAGCAUAUAAAUGCAUUUCAGCAACACCUGACAGCCGGUUCUCAAACUCCUCUUUUAUUUCUUAAGCACAUAAAGUCAUUGUCACUUCAAAUCAUUAAACACGAACCAAUCGAAACCGUCCUAAAAAUCUCCAAAGAGAUCGUAUGCUCAAUUAAAAUUUCAAAUGAAAGGCAUCUACAAGACAUCAGAGAAGCGCUGACAAACCUUGACACAAGCUGCCAUGAAGUUGUAGACUGUUUUACUGCAACCAUUGUGGAAAUAGAUUGGGAGUGUGCCGUGAGACCUAGCAAACAGCACUGGCUUGUCUAUUCCUGUUUUGGGACAAAGGAUUCACUGAGAAUGUUUCAGAGAGAACUGGAUCAAUGCACAUUUUCCUUACCAAUUGGAGGAGUUGCAGUACCUCUACAAAAAGAAUCAGAUAAUAUGUGGUCCCCUGAUGAAAGGUUUUCAGAUGGCCAGGCAUUUUGUUUUCUUCCUCUUCCAAUAGAUACAGGCCUCCCAGUUCAUAUCAAUGGAUCAUUUGCAGUUACAUCAAACAGGAAGGCUUUGUGGGAAAUUGGCACAAAACUGGAGUGGAACAAAUCACUGCUUAAAGAUGCAGUUGCAACAGCCUACAUCACCACACUGCUCGAGUUGAAGAAAAUAUACCAAAAUGGGAACCUUCAGAACUAUGAUUACUACACAUUCUGGCCUGACACAGAAAAAGUAAACAAAGCAUUUCAACCUUUGGUUAGUGCUUUUUACUCAGCCAUUGUACAGAGCACAAAUGUCAGAAUCUUGGAGCUCUUGAGUAAUGGAAAAACCUGGUGCUCCUUUGUCAAUGCAAGAUUUCUUGAUCCAAGUAUUCAAGAAAAUGAAACAGUGGGAAAACUUGCAAUGGAGGUGUUCCUAAAAUAUCCAGAACCGAACUACUGUUCCGUCCCUUUGCCGGCCUGGGCAAGGAAUAAUUUCAUUCGAUGUGGCUUUGGUGAAAUGGUAAAGGAGAGAACAUUUAGCUGGUUUGAAUUUUACCAAGUAGUUUUCAAGAACUUGAACAAAAUGGAGGCACACUGCAGAAAUGUUCUUAUAUUGAAUGCCAUAGACUUGAAUGAUCAUGAAGUUGACAAAUUGCUGAAAAGUACUGCAUGCAUUCCAACAGUGAAAACAGGGACUCUUCAGUUCACCAACAAACUGGUAAAUCCUCAUGGGAAAGUUGCAUGCUUAUAUGAGCCAGAGGAGGGCCGCUUCCUUGAUGGUACCAAAAAUAACUAUUUCACGCCAGAAAGGAUUCAACGACUGUCUGGCUUGGGAAUGUUGAAUGAUGUGCUCCCACUAGAUGAAGUUAUAGAGAGAGCUAAUAAAAUCUCCCAAGUUUGGGCUAAAGACAAAAGUAAAGCCUACACACAUCUUCGGUGUCUUUUUCACUCCAUGGAGAAGUUUGCACAUCUGGAUUCUUUGCACUGGGAAACUCUAAAACAUAUUUCAUUUCUUCCUGCAUUGGGUACCAAUAGGCAUAAUGAAGUAAUGUCUGUACUUAGAAAACCUUCCGAAAUCUAUGAUGACCAGUGCCACCAGUUGGUAAACAUGACAGAAUUCACUGUAGAUCGUUUAAAUCUAUUCUUAAGACCAGAUGACCCAGUUCUGGCAAAAUUGGGAGUGAUGAAGACCCCACGAAUUGAAUUAGUACUCAGACAACUCAAAGAAGCACAUCAUCGUGUCAAAUCAUUUGAAAAUUCGGAACUCUUUAAAAUUGCCAUAAGCUGUUAUGACUACCUCAACAAAUAUCUGUUGAAUGAUGGUGUUCCUACUGUUAUUAUUGAAUAUGCACAAUCAAACCCAUUUGUACUGAUUGAUGGUUGUUUUGUCAAUGUGCAGUCAGUGGCAAUGGGUGGAACAUUUGAAGAAAAGCCAUACCUCUAUUUUCUUCCCACCAUUCUGUCCAAAUUUGAGAAGCUCUGGAAGUGUGUUGGCAUCAAAAGUCAGUUUACUACAGAGCAAUUUGUUGCUGUCCUUCAGAAAAUGAGUAUUAAUUCAAGACAACUCAAAGAAAGAGAUCUUCAUGUGUGUCUUGAUAUACUUAUUGAAGGGCUGUAUGGCUCUCGAGAAGAAUCUGUUGAAGACUGUUUAAUUCCUGAUGAAAAAGGAGUGUUGACAAAGUCAAGCAAGCUGAAAUUUAACGACAGUCCUUGGAUGCCAGUGCAAGCUGGGGUAGCAUUCUGUCAUAAACUAAUACCUCGGGAGGUUGCUUGCUAUUUCAAUGUAGAAACAACAAUACACAAUACUUUGAAAAAUCAUCUUGUGAAUGAGUUUUCUCCCUUGGCCAAGGAGUUCGGACAACAUGAGAAACUAACUGUUCGGAUCAAAAACAUAAUUGAAGCUUAUCCAGCCAAGAAAGACAUCCUGAAAGAACUCCUUCAGAAUGCUGAUGAUGCAGAAGCAACAGAAAUCCAUUUUGUAUGGGACAAACGAAAGCAUGGAACUAGAAAACUAUUUGGGGAAAAAUGGGAGAUGCUUCAGGGCCCAGCACUUUGUGUGUACAACAAUAAAAUAUUUUCAAAUGAAGACCUGAUAGGCAUUCAGCAAUUAGGAGAAGGAGGAAAACAUGGCACUUUGGGUAGAACUGGAAAAUAUGGUCUUGGUUUUAAUUCUGUUUACCAGCUGACUGACUGCCCAUGUAUACUAACUGGUGAUGAAUAUCUCUGCAUAUCUGAUCCAAACCUGAAAUAUGUGGAAACUGGAACCAGGGAGUCACCAGGCUGCAUGUAUUUAAUGGAUGAAAAUUUCAAAAUGUCUUUCCGGGAUGUUUACAAUACCUUUCUUCCUGAAAAUUUUCCUCUUCAGUCUGGAACCAUGUUCAGACUUCCACUCAGGACAGAAGCAAUGGCAGAACAAUCAGAAAUAUCAAUAAAUGCAGUUCGAGAUUAUGAAAUGAUGGAACUUUUCAAGGCUUUACAAACAGAUCCAGAGGAACUGAUUCUCUUUUUGAAGCACAUCACCAAAAUACACUUUCAUGAAAUAAACAAGGAUGGAAGUAAAAGUAAUUAUUUUCUAAUUGAGAAAAAAGUCACAGAGGACACCAUGAAGCAAAAGGAGGGUUUUCAUAAUCAUGUUCGCAAUUCUCUUAAAUCUGGGAGUGUAAACCCACACCAAGCUAUCUAUAAAGUUUCUAUCACAUCAGGGAAAAAACAAAGCCAGUGGAUUAUAGCAGAGCAAUAUGGAUGGUUUCUGCCAAACAAAGAAGAAGAUAAAGCCCAUGCCAAAAUACCUCAGGCAGGCCUGGCAGCUUGUUUAGGCACAAAACCGAAAGAAAUUGAAUUUCAUGGAAGGGCUUUUUGUUCUUUGCCAUUGCCGGGAGAAACUGGUCUUCCUGUUCAUGUGAAUGGAAACUUUGAAGUGGAUCAUUCUAGACGAGAUCUGUGGAAAGAAGAUGGUGAGAGCUUAAAGACCAAAUGGAAUCAAUUACUGCAGCUGAACACCAUUGCACAUCUGUAUGCUGAUCUCCUUGCAAAAAUCUGUACAAGCUUUAGGAAAGGAGAACCCAAAAUGUUGGUCCAUCUAAAAUCACAUCUGAACUUUAUCUUGAGCUACUUUCCCAUUGUGUCAAAAACAGUUGCUCCAGUUUGGCAUGAAAUGAUCAAUGAAAUCUACCAGUCAAUCAAUCGACGUAACCUUCCUGUGAUACCAAUUCUUAGAAGUGUUGCUGAACAAAAAUCUUCACAACACUCUGAUCCAAAGUACACAUUUAACUGGUCAAGUGUUUCAAAGCCAGAUCCAACAGAGUCACCACAUUUUACCAACCACAGCCAUGCUGACAUUCUCCACAUUUUAGAGCGCACUGAAAUGAACUUGGUACCUUUUUCAGUGGAAAUUCUAAACAUUAUGAAGAGCUUUAAGGCUGCAGGUGUUGAAGUGGCUGUAGUCAGUCCUUCUUCAGUGAUCAGCUAUUUGAAACAGAAAAGAAUGAAUGAUCCCUCGCACACAGCUGAUGAUUUACCAUUACGUAUCAACCUGACUUUGAUCAAAGAUUCAAAAAGUUGUUCACGGCUCUUGGAUUUCUGUCUAAGUAAUGACGAAUUGUCUGGCUCUGUUACCAGAGAUGUGUAUAAAGAGUCUAGCUCUGUUGAGCUUAAUGGGCUGCCUCUCCUCCUUACCCAAGAUCAGAUGUUGAGAAAGUUCAGCUCUCAUUCUCCAAAGCUUAUUUCCAAAUUUGCUUACAUUUUUCAGGAACACAAGUCAGAAUUUGCAGACGAUCAGGUUAAUUAUUGGCACAAAUCUAUUCUGCUGAAAGGAAAAUAUCUUGAAAAAUUAACCAUCCCAGUGGCAGCCAGUUUUAUUAAGCCAGUUCUUCAGAAACAGCUUCAACAUUUACCGCUUAAUGAAACAAAUGAGCUUCAUACAGCUGGAAAAGAAAUGAAAGAAUGGUUAAAGAAUCUCUGGAAUUUUUUUGAAAAUGAGGUGAAUGAAUUCCCAGGUGGCGAAACAAAUGGGGUCUUCAGUGAAAUAAAGAAACACUUCUCUUGCAGUCCUAUUUUGCCUGUCAUUUAUCCAGGACAAAAAGACACAUGCUUUCUGCAGAAAAUUGCAAACCUGCAUAGAAUUGUUCGUGAUCCAAAAGAUCACAUUUCUGCCAUUCUUAUUAAACUUGGAUGCAUGACAAUAGACCGUAGCUUUUUUCUGAGGCUUGGCGAAUUUUUCCACAAAUAUAUCCAACCUGAACUUUUGAACAUUGAGGACAAAAGUGCUGUUCUGAAACAGCUGGAGACAAUUCCACAUUCACAGUUUGAUUUGCUUUCUGGUGAUGAAAGUGAUGAGCUCCAACGCUUCCUUCAACUUGGCAUCAGCUCCUCUAAAAAUAUAGAUGAGUAUCAGAGAAUGUUCAAGUCUCUGCCUUUGUUUCAGACAAUAUGUGGAAAGCGGCAAAGAAUUGAUUUUCACAGGAAUGUUUUCAUCCUUAAAUCAGUGUUUGAACAAAAAUUUCCAGGCUUGUACAAAUUUGAUGACAGCAACUGCAUUUUCCUCAAAAACAACCUUGUGAAUGAAAGCCUCUCAAAAUGUCUGGACAUUAAGAUUUUGGGGGAUCUGGAGUACUGUGUAAAAUUUAUUAUUCCUUCAGUACACAAGCUGAAACAGACACAGCUUAUUGAUUUAAUAAGGCUGCUAUUGGAACUGAGCCAAACACCUGGCUAUAACGACUCCCGAGACACCAUUGCCUGUGCCUUGAGAGAUGUCAGAUUUAUUGAGGACGUCAAUGGUGAUCUUCAGAUGGCCUCAUACUUCUUUGAUGACACUGUUGAGCUGUACAAAGUCAUGCUUUCAAAGGAGAAGUUUGUUCCAAAGACUUUUUGGAAACUAUUUGAAUAUAGCACAAGAGCAAAAUCUCUUCUAAAGAGCUUAGGAUUAAAGCAUGAAGUAUCUGAAAAAGAGGUUAUUGAAUUUGCUCAUCAGAUUGAAUCAGAUGCGAGAGGUCACAUUGAACUGCAGGUUCUUGCAAAGAAAUCUGUAACAUUGCUUAAGACAGCACUUUUUUUGGGUGCCAAGAAGUCGUCUAAAUUAAUGCAAACAAUUAAAACUAUAAAAUUCAUACUAGCUGUGCAGAUUGAUCCAACACUAUGUAAUUACCACAAAGCAUUUGCCCAAGAAAGGGAUGUAGUUGCCAUCAAAGGAUCACUGCUUGAAAAGCAGCUAGAUCAACAAAACCUUAUAUGGACUUCCAUGCCAAUACUGCCCACAAAGUCCUUAUCUACAAAAGAGUUAGAUACCCUAAGGACAGCUGGAGCCUUGGAUGAACCACCCUCAGAGCAGGUCAUGCAGAACCUAAAAAACAUCUGUGGAUCUGAGUGCAGAACAGAGCAAUUGAUAGAGACAAGAGCUACAGUGUUUAAGAAGUCAUAUGCCUACCUACAAUCUGUGCCUUUUAAUGAGGCUUUGUUGGCUGACCUCCCUCUUGUUCUUGUUGAAAAUGACACAAGUCUUGUGAAAGCAAGUCAGGUAGUCCUGACACUAUCUAAUGCCACUGAGUUUAGGCCAUACAUGUACCCCAUUCAACCAAAACAUGCAAUGUUUGCAGAAUUCUUUAAGAAGAUUGGUGUUGAAGAAAGGCCUACUGUCUCUCAAUUCUGUACUGUGUUAGAGGAAAUCUAUACAGAGUGCAGUGAUAAAAGUACACUUCAGCCAAACCAGCUGGCAACUGUUCAACGUGCUGUGCAGCAGCUCUUCUGUCUGAUAAAAGAGGAUGGCAAAUUAACUCAGUUUCUGAAGGACACACUAUACCUUCCUUCAACAGAUGGAAAACUAUAUGAAUCCAGCAUGUUGUUUUUCAAUGACACCUUCUUUCAGGCCAACAGACUGGAGAAUUCAUUGAAAAAAAAACUGAAGCUUCUUGUGAAACUUCACCAGUGUCACCUAACAGAUGAUCCAUAUGAACAUCAAAAGCUGUUGCAGUUGCUUCCAAAACAAAGUCAACCCAAACUGCUUUCUGGAGUCAUUUCUGUGAACCUGGUUGGUGGACAGGUGGAACACUGUGAUUACGGAAGCUCAUGUGAAUUCAGUGGCUGGUUUCAAAAGCAUCUGUCCUCUCGUGAAUUCCUCCAUGGUCUUAUGUGUCUGAUCAGAGAACAGAGCAAGGGCACCAUUUCUCAGACUGAAGCUGCACACAUGUGUGAAAGCACAUUCGGGAAAAUUCAAAUUGUCUGUUGCCAAGCUUUACACACUGAGCUUUUGUUAAAUCAUCAGCCGCUAGAAGGUACAGCGAUGGAAACUCAGGUCUAUGUGAAAAAGCAGGAAGAUGAGUGUGUUUUCUAUUUAAAGCACAAUGAUAACAUGGCUCUCAAAGUGGUGAAUGAGGUCAACAUGUACCUAACUAAAGAAAUCAAUGCUCUUCUGGAAAAUAUCUUAAAUUCAUUAUGCUUAUCAGUACUUGGACAACUUUUAUUAUGUGAAAACAUGGAGGAUGUUGAACGGGCCCUGGAACAGCAUGGAGUUCGUAACACUGUGAGUGAUGAAAAAGGACUUGGAUUUCGUCCAAACCCAGGAACUCCUAUACAAGAGGAGUGGCAUGAUUCCCUUGAUAUGGAUCCUCUCAACAGUUUUGAGAAAGGAGAGUAUGUUGGUUUUUGUAAGGAUGAAUUGGAAAAUGAAUAUGUUUUUGCUAUUGUUGUGGAGUGUCUGGAUAAGCAUUCAGGGGACACCAGGCAAAAUCCGUCAAGGUAUAGAAUACAGAUAGGUGAUGAGAAGUUCAUAGAUGUUAGCUCCCUUGAUCUUUAUCAGUUUAAAAGAGAAAAAAGAUCAGCUCCCGAUGGAAAUGCUACUUGCACAGACAUUUUCGAACUGCUUUCACAGACCAAACCAUCAGAGUCUAAACCAUCACAGUCUAAAUCAUCACAGUUUGAACCAUUCCCAAAGAAAUCUCUACCACAGACUUUGGAGGAGGCUAAAAUAGAGAUUGACCAGAGCUUGGAACAGAUCUGGAAGAUGUCCGAUGAAGACAAAUCAAAGGCAAUUAGACGCCUGUACUUAAGGUGGCAUCCAGACAAGAAUCCUGAUAACAUGGAGCUUUCCACUGAAGCAUUUAAAUAUUUGAUGAACAGAAUUGACGAGCUACAGCAAGGAAAGUCCAAACGUAAUACAUCAACACAAUCAAAUACAACACAUUCUUAUAACUUCAGAGAUUUUUAUGAAAAAUGGAACUAUGAGGCUAAGAGUCACAAAAGGGGACGGGAGCGAUUCUAUCAGAACAAUUUCAGACAGCAGUAUAAUUUUUGGUCACACUUUCAUGAAACACCAAAACCAAAUAAAGAGGAAGCUAAACGUUGGUACAAACAAGCAGAGUGUGAUCUUAAUGCUGCUCAGAACGACACUGGAUGCAAUGUGUACCCAGAGUGGUGUUUAUUUAAAGUGCAUCAGGCAGUGGAAAAAGCACUUAUAGCCACAGAGUUUAGAAGGAAUGGACAGCAUCCUGGAACCGCAUCCACCAUCACAUGCCUUGCCCAGAAGAUAUCAAAGUAUGCUACCUACCUUUAUGAUUUGCCCAACACUGUGAUUCAUUUAAGGGCACUUGGUGUUGAUGCUAAAAGAACUCAAUACCCAAACUUCUACCCACCACCCCACAUUCCAAAUGACAGAUUUAAAGCUGCAGAGGCACAAGAAGCAGUAAACAUAGCAACAAAACUGCUUAGGAAACUGGAGAUCUAUAUUACUGAGUGAUUUACAAUCUGCCUGCAUGUCUGUGGUAAAUUGAGCCUUUUUUUUUACUUAUUUGUAUACCAUGAAUUACUACAAACUUUUUUAAUUAUGUUAAACUUUUUUUUUAAUUAUAUACAUUCUUUUGUCAACUUCUAUAAGUUUCAGUAAACACAUUACAAAAGUUGUAAGAUUUAAAAACAUAAAGUUACUGUAUUGUGCUUUACAUUAUUGUUCUUAUUGCUUUACUGCCUACAAGCUUUGAAAGUCUUGUUUUUUGUUUGGUUUUUUGCAAAUUUUUGUGGGGGGUUUUUCUAGACUAAAAUUAAACUUAUUGCUGAUAAUUGUGAAACUAGAUUGACUGAAUUUCAUUUGAGCAAUUUGCUACCCAUACUAUUACUACUACUACAAUUGUGAAACUAAUAAAUAAAAUUGUAAUCAAUACUG